AUGGACACGUACACGCAGGCGCUCAAGGUUCUCUCUCUCGAACGCGCCGCUUUCCCCGAUGCUAGCGCAUCCGCCACCGCUUCCCCUCACCCCACGGGCAGCGCCCGUCAGGGUUCACUUCCCGGGCAUUGGCGGCGAAGGAGGGGCGGAAGGACUUCCGCGCGCGGGGGACGGGGGGAGGCGUCUGGCGGAAAGCGCGCGCACAGGAGUCAGUCGGAGAAGAAGCCGCAAGCGAACCUGAUGCCUCCGCUUUCCCCCAUCUCUCCAACCUUCGCGCGUGCUGCGGACGUAACCCCCAUACGCGGACACCCGGUCAGCGCUUUGCGCACAGAAACCCCCCCAGGAAGCGCCGUCGCGGCGCUAUCGGCGCAAGUAUCCCCCGCAGCGGCGGCGGCCGAGGGGGCUCUAGACGGCAGGCGGCGGCGGCAGCGGCUCGCAGGACGGCAGAUUGCAUGGGCGGCGGCUCCCGCGGAGGGAGGAUUUUCUACUUCCGCUGGUUGCGAUGAGACAGGGAUGGGGGGAAGAGUGGGGGAGGCGCGGGGAGAGGCGCAAGAGGAAGCAGACGUGGUGGAGGUGGUCGGUGGAGGGGGGGAAUGGGGGACGGGGAGCGGAGAUGCGGAGGCGGGGGGAGAGAGUGGGAGUGUGAAUCUGAUUAAGGCCAAAAGGGAUGGGCAAAUGGGGGAACAGAGGGGCCGGGCAAGUGGUGGGAAGGGGCUAAGAGCGUGGGAGGUGGCGGGGGGAGAUGGUCAGCGGGCGGGGGAGAGGGCCGCAGGUCGAGCAGGGGGGACAGACGGCAGGAUAGGGGAAGGGGGGGACCGUGAAGGGAGUAAGGAAGGGGGGAGUGCGGAUGAAGGGAAGGAGGAGGAAGAGCAGGAGGAGGAGGAGGGAGAGAAGGGAGAGGAGGAGGAGGAAGAGGAGGAGGAGGAAGACGAGGAGGAGGAAGACGAGGAGGAGGAAGGGGAGGAGGAGGAAAGGGAGGAGGGGGAAAAGCAGGAGGGGGUGGGUGGUGUGGGGAGAGCAGGGAAGCAGCCGAGCGGACAGGCGGAAGCAGCAGAGGCACAGGCAGAGGCACAGGCGGAGGCACAGAUGCUUCCGCUACGUAGGGAGCAGAGGGAGGAAGCUGGGGGAGCAGUGGCGGCUCUUGAGGCGAAGCAAGAGGCUGCAGGGGAAGUUGCGUCGCACCAGCCAUGGGAGGUACCCUCCAGGGCGCAGGGUGCUUCAGAGGCGGGCGGCGCUGGCAUGGUCGGUGCUGCUGUAGGUGGUGCUGCUAUGGGCGGUUCUGAUGGUUGCAGCCCAUGCCCACACCCACCACGAACACAGCACGCACCACACCUGCUGCCGACUUCACAACAGCCACAAGCACAACAGCAUCAACAGCAAUCACAAAUACAGCAGCAGCAGCAGCUGGCUUUAACCAACUCCACUGGUGUUGCUGCCGGUGUUGCUGCUGCUGCUGUGGCCACUCCAAGGCCGAGGCCAAGCGAGGGCUUUUGGGCCCACGUGGAGGGCUUCUUCCGCCCCGUCACCACCACUGACGUGGCGCUGCUCGCCCCUGCUGCUUACGUGGCACACUUCAGCCGCAUCACAGAACGAGAUCCCGCCUUUGCCCUGCCCCCUGCGGGCCACCGCCCCCGCUUAGACCUCCGCUUGGUGCUGGCCUCAAAGGGGCGCGCACAGGAAGGGGGGGCACAUGCGAUGAUGGCAGUGGUGCCACGGCAGGGGGGGAAACAGGGGCUUGUGAAGGGGGAGGGGACGUGGAGGGGGGAUGGAGUAGGAGAUGGGGGUUUGGGGGGACAAGGGGGUGAGAGAAGGGCGGGCGAGGGUGGGCAGGGGCUGCGGAAGAGGAGGGGGGGGCAGGUGGGGGAGGGAGGCGAUGGUGCUGCUGCGGGGGGCAGGGCUGGGGUGAGUGACGGUGCAGUGAGUAGUGCUGCAGUGAGUAGUGGUGUUGGGGUGCCUGGUGGCGAUGUGACCGUGGUGGUGCCUGGGAGUAAGAGGAGACGCACUCGACUGGCUGGCGGUGGGGGUGGUGGGGGUGCUGGUGGUGCUGGCAGUGGUGGUGCUUGUGGUGCUGCGGCUGGUGGUGGUGGCAGUGGCGGUGCUGCUGUUACUGCUGCUGCUGCUGGUGCUGCUGCAGCUGCCGCGGGAAGGGGGAUGCAGGGGGGAGGGAAGGGAGAAGAGGGGGGAGCGGAGGAGGAGGAAGGGGGAGGGGAGGGGGAGGCGUGUGACGUGUGUUGCCAGACGGAGAGCGACGAUGCGAACCCCAUUGUGUUCUGCGAUGGCUGUGACGUGGCUGUUCACCGCCAGUGCUACGGCAUCCCCCCUGCUGCCCUGCUGCCCGUGCAGCGAGAGGAAGGCACGAGCGGAGAGCAGGGAGGAGGGCAGCAGGGUAGGGAGCAGGGCGGGGAUGGUGAGGAGGAAGAGGCAAGUCUGCCGUGGCUGUGUGCGCGGUGCAGCAGCAGCCGGCCCGCUCAGGUGCGCUGUGCGCUCUGCCCCGUGCUCUCCGGUGCCUUCAAACCCGCCCUCCCCGGCGCCCCUCCCUCUGCUUCCUUGGAGCCCACUGCACCAGUAGCAGAGCAGCAGCAACAGCAGAAACAAGGGGAGCAGCAACAGGCUCAGCAAGAGCAGCAGCAGCAGCAGCAGCAGCUGCAGGACGAGCAGCAGGAUGAGCUAUUCGCGCAUCUGUUCUGCAGCCAGUGGGUGCCGGAGACGUACGUGGGCGACCCAGAGAGCAUGCAGCCCGUGUGCAACGUGGGGGGCGUCACCCAGGAGCGCCGCCGCAUGCUGUGCUGCCUCUGCCGCUCUAAGGAGGGUACCUGCAUCCAAUGCAGCCAUGGUGAGUGGUGGGUAAGCCACGGCAUGUGCGCAGUGCCCUUCCACCCCAUGUGCGCGCGCCAGGGGGGGCUCCUCAUGAACCUCUCCGCCUCCCCCUGCUCCCCCCGCGUGCUCCUCAAGGCCUUCUGCCCCCGCCACUCCGCCCUGCGCCUCCCCCCCCUGCUGCAGCAGCUGCAGGCAGGGGCAGGCGGAGGGGGAGGGAAAGGGGGAGAGGGUGGGGAGGCGGGGAAGGAAGGGGGAAGGGUGAGGGCAGGUGCUGGGGCGGGUGAGAGGGGGCAAGGUGGUGGGGGGGAGGGCGAAAGGGUGGAUGGGGGGGUUGUAGGGGGAGCGGUGGGAUUGGGGUGGGUGGGAAUGGGGGAGGGAAGCAGGGGGGUUGAGAGGCAUGGGGAGGAAACGGAUGAGGGAGAGGAGGAGGGUGGGGAAGAAGGGGAGGGAGGGGAGGUCGGAGAGGAGGGAGGAGAAGUGGGGGUAAAGAAGGAGGGGGGGCUGCAAGGAAGCUCGGCCAAUGGGUAUGGGCCUUGCCGGUUGGAGAGUACUGGCAAUGACGUGCGUGUGGUGGGCGAGGGGCAAGGAACCGGGCAGAUGGAUGGGGUUGAGGAGGGGGAGAGGGGCGGAGGAAAUGGAAUGCUGGUGGAGAGAGAGGAGGGAGAAAGAGAAGAGGGAAGGAGGAGGGAGGAAGGGAGGGAGGGUGCAGAUGCAGAAAGGGGGACGAACAGAGGGAAUGUUGGGUCUUGUGCUGGUGGUGGUUGUGAUGAUGGUGGUGGUGCUUGUGGUGCUGGUGAUGCUUGUGGUGCUGGUGAUGCUGAUGCUGCACGUGGUGAUGUCAUAAUGAAGGAUGCAAGUGCGUCAUCAGCAGCAGCACAGGCAGCAGCAGGGGAGGUAGCAGGGGGGGCACCAGCAGGAGUUGAUACAGUGGCAGCAGCAGUAGGCGCAGAGGAGUCAGAUGAUGAUGAUGUGGUGGUGCUGGAAGAGAGAUCAGGAAGUGAGGAGGUGGACGCAACAAGAGCAGUUGAAGCAAGGGGGGAGGUGAGAGCAGCAGGAGCAGAGUCAAUGAAUGGGCCGCCAGAGAUUGCAGGAAGGAGCGUGCGUAGUGAAGCAAGAGUGGCUGCUGGUUCUGCUGUGACGCCAGUCGCAUGUGCCGAUGUGGUGCCAGCAAAGCAAGCUGAGGCAGACGUGGAAUGGCCUAGAUGGGAGGGCGCUGCUGCGCUGGCACUGAGUCAGCAGGUGCGGUGCCAUGCGUAUGUGCAGAGAUAUGCCGAAAUGCUGCAGGGGUUAGGUGGGGAGCGAAUGGGGGCGUCAGGAAACGAGGGAAUGGAGAGGGGGGAGGGAGAAAGCUGUCUGGGGCGUGUGAAGGAUGAAGGAGAAGGGGAGGAAGAGGAGGGGGGAAGAGACAACAGAGAGGAAGAGAAGCAAGGAGGGGAGCAGAAAGUGGGCAGUAGGGAACGGGGAGCACCUCUGAUUGUAUCAAGUAACGCACUGGUGCCGGUGGUACCUGAGGGAGGUACACCUGAGGACGAGGUCACAUCAGAGCUCAUCAUAGCACAGACCCAGCUGCUGUCCGUCCUGCACACCCUCUCCCACCGCUCUCAACACCUGCUGCACCGCAUGCUACCGCGCCUGCAGACGGAGAGGCAAGCAGCAGAGGCGCACCAGCAGGGGAAGGCGGCAGUUGAGGAGUAUUUGGGCGUGCUGAGGGAGCAGCGCAAGCAGGGGCGGCGGGACCGGCGGGAGAGAGAGGCCCAGGCUGUGCUGGCAGCGGCUGAGGCUGCUGCUGCUGCGUCUCCGCGUGUGGGGCAUCUGAAGCGCGACCCUGGAGGCCCUGCUGGGGUGGGUGCUGCUGCUCCUGCUAGUCCUCCGGGCGUUUCUUCUCUUGCUGCUGCUGGUCCUGCUGCAGGUGCUGCUGCUGCUGCUGCUGCUGCGGGUAUGGGUAGUGGUGCGGGUGGUGUGGGUGGUGUGUCUCCUUCUUGGGGGCUUGGUGGGAGGGCGUGGGGAAGGGGAUGGGGAGGAGGGAGAGGGAGAGCGGGUGCGGGAAUGACGAGGCUGGGGGGAGCGUUUGGCAGCCCCUCUGCUGCUGUUCCUGCUGCUGCUGACGGUGGUACUGCCACUGCUGCAGCGGUUGGUGGUGUUGGUGCUGCCAGUGGUGGUGGUGGUGGUGAUACAGGUGCGGCUGCUGAUGCAGGGCGGGUGCAAGCAUCCCCCUUGGCGUCCCGCCCCUCCCUCUUCCCCUCUGCAUCAGCCCGCCCUGGGCUUGCCGGUGCUGCCAGAGGGGCCAGGGGGAGAGGUUCGUGGGGCCGGGGCAGGGGCCGGGGGCGUGGGGCAUGGACAGGGGGAGGGCGAGGGCGAGUGGGGGGGAGAGUUGGGGGAAGAGGAGGAGGGAGAGUGGGAGGGAGAGUGGGUUGGGGCAGGAGAUUGGAUGUGUCUUCGGGGUUGUUGAAUGGUGUGGGUGUUGAGGGGGAUGGACAGAUGGAGAGUGGUGCAGCGAGGUAUGGGGAGGUGGGGGAGGCAGUGGAGGAGGAGGAGGAAGGGGAGCGCAAUGGGGAAGGUGAGGGAGAGGAGGGGGGUUUGUGGAGGGAGUGUGGGGCGUGCUGGCAGAGGGAGUGUGGGCCGCACAGGAGCAUGAUUGAGUGCGGAAAGUGCCACGAGAACCGGGAGGGGGGCGAGGAGAGGAAGAGGGGCGAAAGGGGGAAGGGGGCAGAGGGAGGGGAGGUGGGUGAGGGAAAGGAAAGGGAGAAGCAUAGCACAGAGGCUGGGAGACGACAAGGGGGAGAGGCAGGAGCAGUGCUCGGGGAGGUGGGGAGUGGAGAAGGAGGGGAGGGAGUGGAAAAGAGGGGCAUUGAUGGGGUGACGGGAGGAGAGGGAGUGAGAGUGGAGGGGGGCAGUAGAGGGGUAGAUGUUGUGCUUUCAAGGGCAGGCACCUCGCAGGGAGUGGAUAGUGGGGGAGAGGAGGAGAUGGAGGGGACAGCGAGAAGGGAUGGGGUGAUAGAGAUAAGAGGUGGAGGAGGAAGUGGUGCAGAUGGGGGGAAGGUUGGGGUCAUGAGCGGGAGCGGGGAGGGGGAGGGGAAAGGAAGGGUGGAGAAUUCGGGGUGGCUGGCAGUGAAGCGAACAGAGCAGGGCGAGUGGGUGCAUCUGCUGUGCGCUCAGGUAUGCCUCUCACUCACCCACUCACUCACUCACUCACCCACUUGCUCGUUCACUCAUUCACUCACUCACUUGACCACUCACUCACCCCCUCACUCGUGCACUCACUCGCUCAGUUUCUCACUUACCCACUCACUCACUGACCCGCUCACCCACUUGAAGGCGUCUUUUCUCAAGCUGAAUAUCGGUUUCCCCACCACCAUUCCUCUCGACCCCUCCUCUUCCCUCCAGGUGCUGUUUCCUGACUGUGCUGUGCUGGGUGCGCCCGAGGAUGAACCCCUUUGCCCCACUCUCCUUCCCUCUCUUCCUCCCCUCCCUCUCCCACCCCCCCUCUCCCACCCUCGUUGUGCUAAUCCCGCUCACUCCACUCCUCCUCUCUCCCCCUCACAUCAUCCCACCACGGACCAUCAGGGCGCCGUCCCUCCCACCAUACAGCAGCGCCGCUGCUGCUUCUGCCACUCCUCAUCUGCACACCCAUGCACGCAGUGCACCACGCCAGGCUGCCCCCGUGUAAUGCAUCCCAUGUGUGCGCGCCACUGCUCUCGCCUCUCCACUCCCCCGCCACCUCAACAGCCACCUCAACAGUCCCCUCCUGUCUGCACUCCUAUCCCACCUCCCUAUACCGCCACUGCCACUGCCACAACCCGCGCCACUGCCCCCACCACUGCCGCUGUCUCUCCUGCUCCUCCCCCAACAGCCUGUCCCACCGCCGCUGGUAUCGCCGCUGCUAAUUCUCCUGCCAUUGCAGCACCUGCUGCUAUUUCCUCUCCUCCUCCUCCUCCUCUCUCCUCCACUCCUUCCAUUCCUGCUCCAGUGCCCUCCCAUCCUCCCCCCUCUCUCGCAGCAGCACUCCCUCCUCCUCCACCACCCACUGCCACCACUGCAGUCCCUGUCAAACCCACUCGGGCAGCUGUGAAAAUUCACUUGUACUGCCCAGAGCAUGCAGCAGCUUCCGGCAUCCGAAAUCUCGACCCCCAUUCCCAGCAAUCCCGCCUCCCUAGUAGCACCUCCCUGCUCCCCUCCAACGCACCUCUGUUUCCCUCAAAGCGCCGAGCUUCAGUUUCCUUCGUGGAUCAUGAGGAUCAGAAGAGACGCUGUGUGGGAGUGGCUGAGGGGGAGGGUGGGGAUGAUGAUAGAGUGGGUAGGGUGAUGGUGGGUGGAGCAGGGAGACAGGCCUGCAGUUGUCAUACCUCGCUACACAUGCGGCAGCGCGUGCCCUAA